UCAAGCAUUUGUAGCAACGCCCAACCCGCCUCAUCUCUUUCCUGAAAGCCUCGACGCCGAAGCCAAAGCCAAACAACAUCGCACUCAAGCCCAUUCUUGCAACACACAGCCACAACCACAACAACCAUCAGCCACUUGCAUCAACCUUACUCACCGGAGCGCUACUCUUCAUAUAAUCGGACACAUCGGAGCUGAGCAGAAAGAACCUCGAACUCGCGAAUUCAGCCAUCUCUAGCAUUUUCGCGGCCGCGUCCGGGGAGAAGAACAGGAACGAUGGAUAACUUUGCUAGUGAGACCGACAGCGACUACACCAGUUAUUGGCGGGAUUGGUUCAUCUCGUCUCGCGGCAAUGAGUACUACUGCGAGAUCGAUGAAGACUAUCUGACCGAUCGCUUCAACUUGACCGGCCUUAACACGGAAGUCCAAUACUAUCAAUAUGCGCUCGACCUCGUCACCGACGUGUUCGACAUGGAGGUCGACGAUGACAUGCGCGAGCAAAUCGAGAAGAGCGCUAGACACCUCUACGGUCUUGUGCAUGCACGCUACAUUGUGACAACUAGAGGUCUCGCAAAGAUGCUCGACAAGUACAAGUCCGGAGUCUUUGGCAAAUGCCCCCGCGUCAUCUGCGACCAACAACAUCUCCUCCCCAUGGGUCUCCACGACGUCCCCGGCACUUCAACCGUAAAACUCUACUGCGCCAAAUGCGAAGACAUCUACAACCCAAAGUCAUCCCGCCACAACGCCAUCGACGGCGCCUACUUCGGCACCUCCUUUCACAACAUCCUCUUUCAGGUCUACCCCGCCAUGCUGCCACCUAAGACCCAGAGACGCUAUGAACCCCGUAUCUACGGCUUCAGAGUUCAUGCUGCCGCUGCCUUGAUGAGAUGGCAGGAGGAGAAGAGAGAGGAGAUGAAGGAUAGACUCAGAAAGGGAGGUCUGGAGACGGGCUUUGAGGAGGAAGAUGAGGAGUUGGAGGAGGAGGACUCUGAGGAGGGUGACGAGAGCAAGGACGGCAUCGAUGAUAUGUUCGAGGCACCCGUCGCGCCUGUGCAGUAGGAUGGUGCGG